CUUUUGUUUUCCUACUUCUACUUGGAGACGGUUCCCUAAUUCGACUCGAAAAUAGUUUUUCGUUUAUAAAUUGUGAUGGAUUGACGUUGAAUUUUGUGAAAUAAAAACUCAUCUCUGUCAUAGUAGAACAAAGAAGAAAGGUCCACAGAUGCAGCCCUGUUUGAAAGGUGAUCUCUUCUGGAAUCAACAAGAGGCAGAGGACGUUAUCUUCAAUCCCAGGAAAAAAGGCAGAAUGGAUGAUGUGAAUUGGGCUGAACUGCAGGUUGAUUUGUUGGUUAAAAUAGUAGGAAACCACUUGCAUUCCGCCGUGGACAUGGUGGCGUUUUCAGGUGUAUGCCCUUCAUGGCGCAAUGCUUCCAAUUUGGCCAAUGUCAAACAAAAGUGGGCUUGUCAAAUGCCGUGGCUUAUGCUAACUGAUGGCAAUCUGGAGCUCACUGCCGACUACGAGGAUGAGCCAAUUGAUGAUGAUGAUGAUGAUGAUGAUGAGACAAUUGAGUCAAUUCAGGAUGAUGAUGAGACAAUUGAUGGUAAGACAAUUGAGGAUCAGACAAUUGAGGAUGAGACAAAUGAGGAUGAUGAUGAGACAAUUGAGGAUGAGACAAUUGAUGAUGACACAAUUGAGGAUGAGGAUGAGGAUGAUGAGACAAUUGAGGAUGAUAACUCGAAAGAAGCGAGUUCAAGUGUAGACAAUAAUGUGAGACGAAGACGAACGUUGGUGGAUUUAAGGCACAAGGAUGGGAGGAGUUACAAUGUGGAGUGUUGUCAAGGGUAUGGAAAGAGCUGUUGGGGAUCAGCUCAUGGUUGGAUAGUAACUCAUGGUCUUGAUGAUAACAUGUAUCUCUUCAACCCUCUCACAAAGGAACAACUCAAUCUCCCUCCUCGCCAUACUUAUGAAUACGGACCCUACAAAAGGACUUGUCCUCCUGAUUUCCUUCGUGCCUAUUUCAUAACUAAAGCAGUCCUACUUAAGGUACCAAUUAGUGGUGGUUUACUCGUGGUCGCAUUGCAUUCCGACGGUUGCGGUGUUGUUAUUGCCAAGCCUGGGGACACACAUUGGACGGAAAUUAGUAUUCCUAUACAGGGAUUGAAAAUGAGCCGUAGGAUUACCGAUGUCUUAUAUCUUGCUAAUCAAGGGCGAAUACUGUUGUUGAAUCAAUAUGGAGAUCUUGCAUACUUUGACCUUGAAGAUGUUCAAAAACAAGUACGAUGGUAUGAUUGUGAACUUAGUUACAUAAACCAACUCAGACACCCAUAUGGAUAUGAUUUUGUUGACCAUACUACUUACAUCGUUAAUUCUGGUAAGGAUCUUCUCAUGGUCUUAAGAAUAUUAGAUGUGGUUAAGAACUAUGCGGAUAUGGUCAGAGACGAUGAUGGUCAUGAUAUUGAUCAGUACAAGACAGUAAAUUUUAAAGUCUACAAGUUUCACUUUCAAGACAAGACUUGGGAGGAAUUGGAAGAUUUGCUAGAUGUUGCUCUUUUCGUGGGUAACAAUGCAUCCAUGUCCGUUCGUGCAACUGAUGCGGGUUGUGACCACAACUGCAUAUACUUUACCGAUGAUCAAAGAUAUUAUUAUGCCGAAACAAAAGCCGGACUCGGAGGACAUGACAUAGGUGUUUUCCGAAUGAGUGAUAAGAUCAUCCGCUCGUUAGAUGUAGGAAAUAACACUCAUUUGCGCUCUCCAUAUUGUUGUCCCUUAUGGUUUAGUCCCGCACUUUAAAUUUUUGUAUCACCACUUGACACAAAUCACAAGGAAAAUGGGUUAUAGACUUAUAUCCUUAUAGAGUCAUGUUCUAAAUAACUGCUGAAAACCUGUUUUAAAUUCUUGAAAGCAAAUAAGUUAUUUAAAACAACAGAUAUGGAUACCAAACUCAAUCUGCUACCCCAAGAACCAUUAGAACUCGACUUGCACCCAAACUCAACACAAAAUGUUGGUACAAAAGAAAACUACAAACUUGAACAUUAUAUUAAUUAUAUGUACUGACCCAAGCCUUACUUGGCCUAUUUGAUUUAUAGGUUUAGUCAUAGAUAUAUAAUUGCCAUCAUAUUGCUGUUAGUUAGGUUCACAUACGGAUCAUCAUUGACCCUUCUAAUAAAAAUAAAAAUAAAAGAUAAGCAAAUCACCUAAUAAUAAUGUUAUAAUCACAAUCUGACUAAUUAGCUAAAGAAAACAAAAAGGUAAAAUAUAACACCUUAGUUAAGGGCUUGGACCAAAUUCCUCUAUAUUUAGCAUUCCAAACAACAAUUGGAAGAGGAAGGGGGAAAUGUAAAAAGAAUUUGCCCUUGUAUCUCUAAAAUGUUUGCCUACGAAUACAUUUUUUACAAAUUGUACUUGUUGUUUUCAAGUUAGUCGAACAAGCAUCAUACCACUGGUACUUUCAAGAUUGAAUUCGUUGGAAUAGAGCAGAAACAAACACUACAACAUAAAUGAGCAAAUGCAACCGGCAAAUGCAACGGUCUAGGACUAAUGCGACGCAUAUUUGCAACGGCCUUGGCUAAUGCAACGGUUUUGUACAACGGUCUUGGUUAAUGCAACUGUAUUUUGCAACGGUCCAAGCUAAGGCAACGGUGUUUUGAACGAGCCGUUGUAUUAGAACUUGAGCCGUUGCAUAUUGUGAAGCUAUUACAACGUGUCCUUAUCAUAGCUUUGCGUUAAUAUAAAAAAAAAAUCAAAGAAAUGGGCGCUCAACACUCCUCAUUUCCCAAAACUUCCAGAACCCCCUUCAAGUAAAUAUGAAAACCCACUUUCGUUUUCAAUGUAAUUGAAGAACACAAAUCUGUAAUUUUAUUCAACAAAUUCAUUCUCCUAUUUUCUCAUAGUCAUUCAUAGAUUAUAAAAGCUUAGAAUCCUAUGCUCUCCCAGUUCAGAUAGCUCUCCAAAACCUCUUAAAUCCGACUUUCUCUCUUUGAAUUUUAACUCGACCUCUCGCAAAUUCUAUGGAAGCUAAUUCUGUUAACUUUAGACGAAAUCGUCUCCACCUCUAAUGGUUGCGGCGCCGCUGAUCUCUUACGCUGGCCCCUUUCUCAGGAUGUUCUCAAUCUCCCGGAGCUGCUAAAUUCUAUUCCGAUGCGUUGGGUUUCACCGCCGAUCUCUGCUCUCCUUGUUCGGUCGAACUUCACUCCCACUCCUUCGAGCAGUUGUCGCCAGUGGAGUCUUCUCUCCAUUUGUGGUUCAUGGAAUGCAAGUGAAGGCCUGGGAGCCGAAAUCCGAGAUGCAGGCUCUAGUGUCUCAAAAACACGUAGAAGGUCUCAACUUUACGGGAUGGAUCCCUGUGGUGAAGUAAGAAAAUAUUUAUAUCUACAGGUCCCCUUCAAGAUUUAAAUAUGCUAGACAAGGAAUAAUUACUACUUUUUAUCUUGACUAAUGUAAAUUGUGAUAUGUAACCUUUGGGGUUUGAUACAAGUAUGGCUUAUAAGCACUCUAAAUACCAUUUUGUAAAUUUCCAAACUAUUGGAGAACAAUGUAAAUAUCUAUGGAUCUUUUUAAUAAAAAUUAAAUUUUAUCAUCA